AUGGGCUAUCCAGACAAAUUCCAGGGUUUCAUGAUCAAUGAUCACAACAAGUGGACUGACUUCAGGAAAGAAGAGUUCAAACCAAAAGUCUUCGGCGACAACGACGUCGACAUCAAGAUCGAGUGCUGCGGCGUUUGCGGCUCCGAUGUCCACACCAUCAACGGUGGUUGGGGUGGCUCGCCACUCCCGAUCUGCGUUGGUCACGAAAUUGUUGGCAAGGCCAUCAAGGUCGGCUCCAAAGUCAAGACUGUCAAGGAAGGAGACCGUGUUGGCGUCGGCGCACAGAUCUGGGCUUGCUUGAAGUGCCCUCAAUGCAAGAGCGACAACGAGAACUAUUGCCCGCAUCAGGUUGACACCUUCGGCGCACCGUACCCCAAGGAGGUCGACCCGGACGAGACGAUCACACAGGGCGGGUAUGCCUCGCACAUUCGGGCACACGAGUACUUCGUGUUUCCCAUACCGGACGAGAUCGCUUCCACAGACGCAGCGCCAAUGAUGUGUGCCGGUCUCACAGUCUGGUCGCCGCUCUCGAGAGCGAAAGUCGGGAAAGGCUCAAAAGUAGCCGUCGUCGGUAUGGGCGGGCUCGGCCACUUCGCCGUGCUAUGGGCUGCUGCGCUCGGGGCCGAAGUCACAGUAUUGUCGCACUCCGAACACAAAAAAGAUGAUGCUAUGAAGCUCGGUGCAAAGGAAUUCGUCCUCACCAACAAGGACGGCUGGGAGGAGCCACUGGCAUUCAAGUUCGACUUUGUCCUGAACAGUGCUGAUAUGACGCACACUUUCGACAUCAGCAAGUACCUCUCGAUCUGCAACGUCAAUGCUCCGUUCCACCAGGUCGGUCUGCCAGACGAGGCACUGCCGCAGUUCAAGGCGCAGAGCUUCAUGUCGAAUGGUUCAUCGAUCGGCGCGUCUCACAUCGGGUCACGGCCCGAGAUGUUGGCUAUGUUGAAGUUUGCGGCGGAGAAGAAGCUCAAGCCUAUUGUUGAGACGCUUCCUAUCGGUGAGAAGGGUUGUGCGGAGGCUGUGGAGCGCGUGUCCAAGAACAAGGUUCAGUACCGGUUCACUCUCACAGACUUCGACAAGGCGUUUGACGCUUAA